GGAAAUUCUGCAGUUUAUAUUAUUCCACAUAGAAAGCUAGAAAUAUUCUUCCAACUCUGUGCCUUCAUUUUCACUCCGCCGCCGUCUCCGUCGCCGAACUGCAUAGCCGCGUCAGUGUAGCUUCGUUGUGAUAAACUUCCACUGUUGUAGAGGUUCUUUGGUUGCAAUUCCUCUCUUCUUCCAAGUUUCAGCACGACAACGAAGAUAAAACCAAAUAGAACCCCAAGUAGAAGAGUAAGAAGCAUCAUCCAUAAGAGAAUCUAAGCAUAAAAGAAGGAAAAUCCCUGAUUGAAAAAUGGAGGUAGAGACAGAGACUAUGGUGGAGAAGAGGGAGAUAAUCAACAACGUGAUGUGUCUUUUGACAGACCCAGAUGGAACUCCCUUGGGCUCUCCCAUGUACCUACCUCAGAAUGCUGGCCCUCAACACCUCAAUCAGAUUGUUAAUAAGCUUCAAAACAAUGAAGAGAAGUUGCCGUAUGCUUUCUAUAUAUCAGAUGAGGAGCUCAGCCCACUUGAAACAUACUUGCAGAAAAACAAAGUCUCGGUGGAGAAGGCUUUGCCUAUAGUUUGUCAACCUCAAGCUAUUUUUCCGGAUUCGUCCUGUGAAUCGCUGUUUGCAACUAUUUCUGGUCAUGCCGAAGUUGUACUUAGUGUUGCCUUCAGUCCUGAUGGACGACAACUGGCAAGUGGUUCUAGUGAUACUAGUGUUCGAUUUUGGGACUUGACCACUCAGACACCAUUGUACACUUGCAAAGGACACAAGAACUGGGUACUUUGUAUUGCAUGGUCACUGGAUGGAAAGUAUCUUGUAAGUGGGAGCAAGGCUGGUGAACUUAUUUGUUGGGACCCUCAAACUGGAAAGUCAUUAGGCAAUCCACUAACUGUAAGAUCUUUGAUCACCAAUACAAACAUCUAUUAUAAAGUUUGUUUACUCUUUUCUUAAUUUUUUUUCAUUUAAGUUUAUUGAUAGCAUUUCAAACUUCCACUAUUUGAAGAUUCAAACAGAGAAACUUGAUGCUUUGAACAUUGAAUAGUACAUUGUCGUAGUGAAGUACAUAUUGAAAACAGUAGUGAGCAAUUGGAGCAAUGGCUGCAGGGGCAGCAUUGAUUUAGCUAUAAGAAUUACACAACUCUAGUUACACAGCUUCCCCCCUCUUCCUUGCCCUAAUUCCAAAAAUAGAUAAAA